AACCUGGGGUGAAUGGGGACAUGAGGGUGAAUAGGGACAAAAACUGGGAAAAACUAUAUUUAUAAUAUAUUUUGCUUAAACUAAUGAGUAUUAAAUUUAUAUAUAGUAGACUACGUUAAAAAAUUGUUUGUUUAUCUAAAAUAGCAAGUGCAAUUGUAUUUUGUAGCUUUUAUUUCAUGUUGGCAGCCCUAGUUAACAGCUGUUGAAUUGGGAGGCCAUAUUGUGCCAUCACAAAUGUUGUUUGCUACAAGCUUAUUUCAGCUUCUAUGUUUUCUUGAAGUAAAUGUCAGCUUUUAGUGUAGUCUGUGAUUAAAAUGCCUAGAAAAUACAAAAGUGAUCCUCGUUCAAAAGAGCAUCGUCCUAUAGACAGGAAAAAGGUGAAUCUGGCAGUGCAAGCAGUUAAAAAUGGCAUGACUAUUAGGAAGGCUGAAGAAAAAUUUGGAGUUUCAAAGUCUGCCCUGCAUCGUUAUUUGAAGCAGUUUAGAGACAAUGAAGGUAAACAUAUUGAUUUCAAGAGUAAAGGUGGUCAAACUUUGCUCCCUUCAGAUUUUGAGAAGGAUAUUGUUGAGUGCCUCCAAACUUGUGCUGGAUGGGGAUAUCCUCUAAGUGCGUUCGACUUACGCUGUUUUGUCAAAUACUACUUAGACAGAGAGGGCAAGACCAUAGCAAAAUUCAAAAACAACAUGCCUGGCUAUGAGUGGGCACUUCGCUUUUUAACUCGACACAAAACUGGCCUCUCUCAAAGAUUAUGUCAAAACAUUAAAAGGAGCAGAGCAGAAGUCUCACCUCCUGUCAUCAAUAAGUUCUUUGAUGAACUAGAAGCGACUGCAGAUGGCAUACCAUCACAUUUAAUAAUUAAUUAUGAUGAGACAGCACUCUCCGACGACCCAGGCCGGCGGAAACUCAUUUUCAAAAGAGGCUGCAAGUACCCCGAACGAGUAAUGAAUCAGAGUAAAGCAAGUGUAUCUGUCAUGUUUGCUGUAACUUCUUCUGGGAAGAUGUUGUCUCCAUAUGUGAUUUACAAGUCCACAUAUUUGUACGAUUUGUGGAGUGAAGGUGGACCUCCUGGAACCUUUUACAAUCGUAGUAAGUCCGGUUGGAUGGAUGGCAACUGCUUUCUCGACUGGUUCAAACGAGUUAUCAUCCCAUACUGUCGUCGAUUCGAAGGAAAGAAACUUCUUAUAGGUGACAACUUAAGCUCACACUUAUCUCCUACAGUAGUCAGAUUAUGCGAGGAAAAUGAAAUCUUGUUUGUUUUCCUUCCUCCAAACUCGACACAUCUGACACAGCCUUUGGAUGUCAGUCUAUUCAGGCCUCUCAAGAUGAGCUGGAGAAAAGUUCUAGAAGAAACGAAGGCAAAGGCUCAAGGAAAACACAAGCCAUUUGAUAAGAAAUAUUUCCCUUCCCUCCUGAAAAAGACCAUGAAUUUGAUGGAGAGGGAACUUGAACAUAACAUCCAGGCUGGAUUUGCUAAGGCAGGCAUUUUUCCUCUCAACAGGAAAAGAGUGCUUGACAAGCUACCUUCUGGACAUAAUGAGGAUGAACAAAAAGAACAGACUGUAGACAGCAGCCUAACAGAAUUCCUAAAAACUAUGAGGUAUGGAACUUCUGAUGAAGAAGUAACAAGGGGCAGAAAAAAGAGACUAAAUGUCCCUGCAGGGCGUAGUGUGACAGUUGCAGAUUUAGAGGGAUCUGAUACAAGUGAUUCUGAAUCAGAACAUGUGAUGUCAGAACAUGAUGAAUUGGUUUUAAAUAGACACACAUCCAGUGAAUGUGAGAUACCUAACGGCAAGGAAGGAGAAAAAGAUCCAACAGACGGGGACUGGGUAAAAGUCAGAUUUGCAUACGAUCGGGGCAUCAAGAUUUUCAUAGGAAGGAUAGUGAAGAAAUUUGAGACGGAUGAGCACUGGUACAUUGGAACAUUUCUGCGGCAAUCAACAAAGUGCUCAAACAUAUUUGUUUUUCCCAAUGUGCCAGAUGAAAGUUACUUCUCAAAUAAUGACAUUUUAGCUGUACUGAAUGAACCAACUGUGCGCAGGGGACGUUACUCAUUCACUCCAAAUCCACUUUCGACUUGAACUCAGUGUAAAUUUGAGAGCAGUUUCAUGAUUCUUAUAAUUAUUGACAUGUGUUCCAAAUAUUAUUAGUGUGCAUUGAUCAUUGCUAUAAAGAUUUUUUUUUGUAAACAGAUCAAUAUUGUCAACAUUUCGUUAGGAGCCUCCUUUCAUUAAAUAAAAUAAAAAAUACCAUGUAAAAUUAAAUAAUUACUAUUUCCUUAUUUGGUACAAAUGUAAAUGUCUGCUUGAUGCUUUGUAAAUUAUGUCCCUAUACACCCCAGUGAUUAAAAAAUAGGGACUACCAUUAAUGAUACACCAUUGUCCCUAUUAACCCCGACAUUGGGGUGAAUAGGGACACCAAUAAAAAAAUUAAUAUAUGUUAAAUGACCGCAGGUAGCAAAAAUUUAUAACAGGCUAUGAAUAGCUUAAGGGUAGUGCAAGAAGGAAAAAAUACUCCCUGUUCACAAAAAAAUUACAUUUAAAAGUUACUUGUAAAAACAAUUAAAAACUGUCCCUAUUCACCCCAGUUUACGGUACCUAACUGCCCAAAUUAGGUUGUUGAUAAAGAGUUUAUUGAUGUUUUUAAAAAAAAAAAGUGUGAUCAUGUUUCACUAUUGAUGCUGACUACUGUUCGGGUCAGGACCUGGCUUUUAGUACUGCUAGGAGGUACCUAUGUCACAAGUUAACCUGGAUUCUUUUGUGGUUAAGGUAUGGGUGAAGGCAAAUUCACUGGAGAUUCCUUUAUGUCUGACCGAAUUAUACUAACUUUAAGUUAGUACUCUUUUCACUGCCAUUUCAGUAGUAGGCAUCUUAAGUGGGAUGUGAAAAUGUGCAAUAACAGCAGAGUUGUUAAGUCAUUCACUGCAAGAAUGUCUACUUUGAUACUGUACCUCCUGGCAAGACUAGAAGCCCAGUCAAUGAUGGAACAUUCCCACUCAUUGUCAAACUAGUUAAAUUUUUUCUACAGCAGUCUUAGUUAAAGGUUUAUUGGAGACAACCAAUCUCGAUAAGUUCAAAUAUAACAGUGGAUUGGGCUCAUCUGUCAUAAUCAUGAAUCUAUGUUUAUUUACUUUUAAGCUUUGCUGAUGCUGGCAGACAUAUGUAGUUUUUUUUAUUAGCAAUAUAUAAACCUGGAGUCGGCCAGUCCUGUAAUAAGUGGCACGUGGAUUGGCAAUGGUUCAGGCUUGAUUGCACAUCGUUGUUCUCCAGUCCAUGUGACCUCCUCUGUAAACCACACUUGCCCAACGGUCCAAGACUUGUCUCGUUGUAGGAGGUGCUCUUCCUGAGAAGACUGAAAAUGUAAUGUAAUUCUUGAAAAAAUAAAUUUUGCUUCCUACA